AUGUAUAUUUCAUUUAUGAUUUUUUUAGUAGGAAUUUUAGGAUUUGUUUUAAAUAGAAAAAAUAUAAUUUUAAUGCUUAUUUCUAUAGAAAUAAUGUUAUUAUCUAUUACUUUUUUAAUUUUAAUUAAUUCAUUCUAUUUUGAUGAUAUUUUAGGACAAACUUUUGCUAUUUAUAUAAUAACUAUAGCAGGAGCCGAAUCAGCUAUAGGUUUAUCUAUACUUGUGGCUUUUUAUAGAUUAAGAGGUAAUAUCACAAUUGAAUUUAAAUAA